UCAUUGUGAACAUAAAGAUUCACACUGCAUCCCAGAAAUGUUUUUACCGACAACGUUCCUGAUAUUAUUAUUUGAGGCCAAGAAAACAGAAGUAGACACUGAUAAUAUCAGCGAUAAGAUCCAGUCUUUGUUAGAAAGACAAGACUGUUGUAGUUAAGAUGGUACACCAUCACUUGUUUCCCCUAGUAUUACUAUUACUAUGGAACCCAGUACAAAGUGCUCCAGAGCAAAUAGAUUGUUGCCAAUGUGGAUCACUAGAACUUAGAAGUCCCAAAAGUCUACAACCAAAUAUUUACCCAUCGCCAUUCCAAGUUUUAGUCAAAGAAAAACAAUAUGCACCAGGAGGACUUUCUAUAAAUGUAAAUAUCACAUCUAUAGAUAACACCAGAACAUUUGUCCACUUUAUGCUACAAGCUGUAUUUAUUAAACAAGAUGGCUCUAUAAGCAGUGAUGAUUCGAUUGGAGAGUUUAUUAAUUUAGAUGAAGAUAAAUACACUACUGUAAAAGAUUGUGGAGGGUCAGCUGUGAAGAGUGUUGACAGACUGAAGAAAUCUUUAAUAAGAUUUUCAUGGAAAAAUGGGGAUGUCAAGAGGAAAGGACAUAUAAAAUUCAGAGCAACCAUAGUAGAAGAUGGUGGUACUAAUUACUGGGUCAGAGAAUUGUCACAUCCAGUGGAAGAUGUUAACUUACCUCCCCUUGAUAUGAGACCAAAUAAACACCCAUUGAUACCUGUAAUAAACACAGAGGAAUGUGGGAGAGUCAAGGGAUGUUACAGGGUACCAGAAGGCUGCUGGGAACCAUACUGUGAUUAUAUUGCCACCUGGAGGAGAACAGCUGGCAAUAAUUAUGAAAUAGAACUUGGAGCGAUGACAGAUGGUGUGACUGAUAGAUAUGUUGCCAUGGCAAUAUCUGAUGACAUCAGAUGGGGAGAUGAUGUAGUGUUACAAUGUGUACACAAUGGAACUUCUAAAGAGACACAAGUGAAUGUAGGGAGGAGUGUAGACGAUCACAGUACAGUGCUGGAAGAACAACGUGUACAAGAUAUAGCUAUAAUUGGUCCUAAAGACGGUCCUUUAGGUCAGAUUUGGGGAAAAAGAUUAAGAUGUAGAUUUACUGUGUCUACUGGAGCCAUUCCUGGUUUCCCUGAGGGUUACAAACACAUCCUGAUGUCCAGAGGUGGAGCUUCUAAUGGUGUCUCUCAGAGACAUGGACAUGGAGUUGGAGAGAUUCCAGUAGCAACACCAGACCAAGUCAGUUUACAAGAGAAACAUAACGUUGGAGACUUUGCCAGGUUUUCACUUGUCAAGGCCCAUGGUAUUUUGAUGAUUUUGGCCUGGGCUUUCUUUGGAACAACUGGACUGCUAUGGACCAAGUACUACAAAACAAUGUGGCCUAAUAAGAGAUUUUAUGGAGAAAGAUACUGGUUUGUUGCCCAUUUCAACUGUAUGGUAAUGUUAGUCCUACUGGUUGUGAUAGCAUUCAUAAUUAUAUUUGUAGAAGUUGGUGGAUAUAGUAAGGCAGAUUAUCUCCCCUAUGAAGCACAUCCUAUUCUAGGAAUCAUCAUCUUCUGUUGCAUACUUCUUAAUCCAAUCAUUGCCUUACUAAGACCAGCAGAAGAUCACAAGUGUAGACCUGUAGUCAACUGGAUCCAUUGGUUCUUUGGUACAGUUGGCUGGUGUCUUGCAAUUCCUAACAUGUUUAUUGGCAUGGAUUUCGGCAAGGCUAUGGUGCCAUGGUGGGCGACAUGGAUUCUCUGUAUCUACAUUCUGUACCACAUCAUUGUAGAGAUAACAUUAGAGGUCCAUCAAUGCUGCACUCACAAGAAAAAUAAAGAGAGAAGGAAGAAGUAUGAAUUCCAGAAACGUGAUAAUCCUAAAGUGAGAAUUCCUGAACCAGAACCUGCUGGUCGAGUAUUCAAGAGGAACAUGUUAUUUGUACAUUUUAUAAUAACAUGUAUAGUGAACCUGAUAAUGUUGAUAGCCAUUGCUGCAUCUUAAAUCAACAGAUUGAUAAAGAAAGGGAAAUAAACAAGGACAGGUCACUGGACAAAAAAGAAAAAGAAUGAAAUUUGAAAGAACAUUUAAUUUUGAUCAGUAAAAUGAUUUGUAAUGCAAUUUUAUGUUAUUAUAAGCUACUGUGAUUCUUCUAUUGUAAAAAAUAGAUAUAAAUAUCUUGUACAAUUAGCUUUUUAUGCAUUAGAAGAUAAGGUUCAGCAAAUCUGUAAGAAAUUGUAAAUGAUGAGCAAAAAAUACUCAUAUUGUAAUCAAAUUUAUGUUUUGUUAAUUGAUGUUUUCAAGCAAUAUUUGCAUUGAAAAAUAGGGUUUGUUAUAUCAAUAUUUAGAAUUAAUAAUUAGGAUAAAUAGUUAAUUAUGAUAUCGUAAAAUGAUUAAAUUUGGUUUUUCUACCAUACACUUAAAAGACAUUUUGUCUCUAAAUGUAAAACAUUCCAUGGGAAAACUCAGGUCAUGAUUGAACUGGUCCAUGGAACUUUCAGAUUGAUUUUUUUUAAAUUAUUUAGAAAAUAAAAAUUUUAUUACUUUCAGAAGUAUAGAUUUACAAAAAGAAAUUAAUUUAAUAUAUAAAAAAUUUGCACUUAUUUUGAACAGUAAAUGUUUUAGAAUUAUUACUUGUCUGCAUAGGUUGUUUAGUUUAAUUUACAAUAUAUCAGGAAUUCCUGUAAAGUAUGACUAAAUUGACAUCUUAAUACAGUUUAUGUCUUUAAUAAAUGGUAGUGGAAAUAUGAAAAUAUUCCUUAUUUUGUACUGGUUACGCAAUUAGCCUUUGAUGUCAUUUAUAAUGUAAUUAAACAUACACUUUGUUUAUGAGUAGUAUUGAUACAUAGUAUGAUGAAAAAUGAGUGUGUUCAGUGAAAAUAAUAUAUAACAUGCUGGUAAUGUGUUACCUUUCUUCUAGAUUCAUAGAGAAUGGCUUAUAUUAGCCUUCUUUAUGGCAUACUUGUGAAAUAUGUAAGCUUAAAUUCAGCACUGGUUGUUCAAUUAAAAAUUGGCAUAAAUAAGCACAGCAGACGCUUCAAAAGUGGCCAGUGUUACAAUAAUUCCAUCACAAGUUUAUUAUGUGUAUUGUACACAAUAAUAAUCACUAAUUUUUUUUUUCUGAAAAAAAAAAUGACUCAAACAUAUUUUUGUUUACAAAAAUAGUAUAGGUUAGAUCUGAACAUAUAUUUUCUCAGUUCAUAUUAUUUCAAUUGUUUAAUAAGAAAAGAAGCUCAUUAUUUGGAUUUAAAAAAAAAUUCACUCCAAGAGAAAUAUCUUGAUUUCAGUAGGUUUUAUAUAAAUUUUCAAGUAAAAUUUAGUUAUUUCAUUGUUGACAUUUUCCCAAUCUUGUUUAUAUAAACACACUGAAUGUUGUAUGUAUUCUUCACAGCUUUAUUUAUAGAUAUUUAGAUAUAUAUUUCAUUAUGUGCAAUUUUUUGUUAAGAUGUUCUAUAUUAACAGAAUCCAAUAUAUUUAUGGCAACAUAUUUUAUCUUCUGAAUAACCCAGGCCUAAUAUAGAGAGAAAUGUUAUAAAUGUUUCACUUUCAUGCUUGCUUCUCAAAAUUGAAUUUGAGGAAUUUUUAUGAUAAAUUAUACACCUUGAAUUGUAAGAUUAGACCAUAAUGACAUUUUCAGACAUUUGCACCUAAUUGGCUAAAUUUUUCGAAGUCUCACUUAGAAAUUGUUUUUUCCAUGUUGUCAGUGUUAAUAGACAGUACUACCAUUCAAAAUAGGCGUUUUACAUUUUUUUUAAAUUUAUAUUAACAUCAAACUUGAAUGAAGAAUUUGUGUCAAUUAAACAAAGAAAAUGUUUCCUGGAUUAUUUAAAUUACAGUGAAAAAACUUUUUAAAAACUUUAGAUAACCUGCUUUAUUCAGAAAGAUAAGGAUUGUGUUAAUGUACAUGGGUGAAUGUGUGUACAAAUGUGUAGAUGUUGUGUAAUGUUGUAUGAUAAUGUAUGGACUGAAUUGGAUUGUACUGACCACUCCCUGUUAUUGGGAAGAAUUAGUUUUUAAAAAUUAAAGUAAACUGAAAUAUGCUAAAUAUAUCCAAAAUUUAUUUGCCAUCUUUAUUAUAUAAAAGAAACAGAUGCUACUUUAUGAUACAUAUUUUAAUUUAAGUAUGCAAAAUAUUUUAAAGUGUUAUAUUAUAAGUUAUAAUGAAUUGUUUUGAAUCUUUAUAUGUUUAAGAGUUCCACUGUUUUUUUUCUUUUUUUAAUAUUUCUGUAUUUGAGCUCGGUUAAUGGGUCACAGAUGUAUAUUUUGUCUUGAAAAGUAUAAAUGUAUUUUAUGUUUACAGUUGCAUCGGUGAUGAAAAUGGACUAAAAAGGGUGUCUUAUUUUGAUUUACAUACAUGUUUUUCUAUGUUAUGACAUUAGCUUUUGUGUUUAAAUUUGCAUAUUGAUUGAAAGCAUGGUCUUGAAAAUCCAAAAAUUUCAUAGUUAUUGAAUUUCAUAAAUUUGUUUUGAAAGCAUUUGCAAUUAGAUUCUGUCUGAGUCUUGCCAACUUUCACACUUUAUGGGUGAUAUUCCCACGAGAGGUGUUAACCUGACACUUGAAAUACUCAAAUACCCGGUAUCUAAACUAUAUACACGAAAAAAGACAUUUAUUGAAGUUAAAAUGCAUUUAAGCAAAUGUAAACUCAUUCAAAACUAUAGUAUAUUAGAAUAAAUUCAUUUAUAUCAUGUAUAAGAGAUGCUUUAUGUCUUCUUUUGUUUAAAAUCCACCAGGGAGAUUUUGAAAAGUUGACAGGUGUUGAUCAUCUUUAUGCAUGUUAUUUUAUAUUAAAUAUUUUCAAUUAUUAUUCAAUACAAGGGUUUAAUAUUAAAAUUGUGAUAUGUUUUACUUAUAUUACAUAUGUAUGUUGUAAGGUGUAAGUUUGAUGUAGGAAUACUUGUGCUUUGGAAGGUUUAAUAUUGUAUAUAGCAUGCCACAGGAAUGUGAUAAUUGAGUUAGCUUCAUUUUGAUACUAAAUAUUUAUCUUUAUUGAAAGGUUGUUGUAUUAUUAAACAUUUAGGGGAUUUUAAAACUGAUUUCCAAAUAAAUAAAAGAAUUUAAAAAAAAAAAAUUUCAAUUUACUUUCAAUUAAAAAAAUGGUUAAAUCAUGCAGCUUUACCAUUCUUUUUGGUCUUUAGCGAGUUUUUUAGUAGCAAGUGUAAUAAAUGUUCUAGUCAUGCUUCUGCAGAAUCUCAUAAUAAGUCUAACUUGCCUUCUAGCAAAGUUACAUUAUAUAUUAUCUUUCAUUUUAUCCUCUCAUCAUAUUAAUAUAUAUUUCACAUUUCAAAAUGAAAAUAACAGUUUUCACUAAAUUUGAAUAAAAAACAAAAUUUGACACUAGUAUCUUCCUUUUAAUGUUAAAAUAAAUCUGUUACUAUUUUUGUAAAAGUUUAAAAGAUCUGAUAUUUUUUGUACUAAUUAAAGAAAUCUGAUAAAGUAUUUUACUCUGUUUUUUUUUUUUUUUUUUUUCGCCUUUUGAAGAAUUUUGUAGCUUUUCAUUUCAUAGAAAAUUACAUAUUUUGAUAAUUUGAUCUUCCUAGAAAAACACUGCUUCCAUUUUAUGAGGUAUCUGCCCUUUAUUAACGGUUGUAUUGAUCAUUUUCAUAUGCUUUAUAUUUGUAAUAAAUAAAUAUGUUUUAUCAACAUUGAA